AUGAAUACUGUGCCCAACGAGCUCGUGGAGGCUAUCUUGGUGCUGGCCACACCCGGGACUGCCGCGGCCCUGGGCUCGGGGGCGGUGUACGACCCGCUGGACAUGCUAGUUGGUCGCCUACGUCUGGCCUCCGUGUGCCGCUUGUGGCGCGACCUGCUGCAGGACUGCAACCUGCACCAGCUCCUGCUCCAGUCCCUCAGCACCACAGCUGCAGCGCCCCCUCCGCCUCUGAGUCUGUACCUGCGUCCUCGCAAAGACCCUCACCGGCCCAGGUGCGGGCUACGCGAGGCCUGCUGGAUCAUCGCCCACCAACAGUGCAAUACACUUGCGUCCGGCAGGGAGAUGUGGGGGUGUACGUGGCAGGCCUUGAGGCCUCUGGCCAGGAGCGCGCAGGAGCCAGUGGACUUUAGGAAGAGGCUCAUCGCCAACUUGCUCAGGCAGGCUCGCGUCUGGUUCGGUGGAGGGUCGCGAGCGCGAUCGGCCGCGGAGCUCCAGGAGUGGGGUGCCAGGACGCAAGCCAAGGAAGAGGAGCAGUUGAAGCAGUUCCAACGCCACCUCAACGCAGACUCUACGCAACUCGACCGCAAGUACAUCGAGGAGAGCAGCAACAUGCCGCUCUACUUGCAGAGGCCAUGGAAAGAGAUGCAAGCUGCCGCCGUGGAACUGCUGUCCUCCCUCAAGGCUUCCUCGGUGCUUGAUCACAUUGUUGUCUAUGGGCCGAGGGGUUGCGGCAAGACCACCCUCGUCCGCUACCUGGCGGCAGAGCUCGAGCUGCCCCUCUUGCAAUUCGAGGGACUGGAGGAAGAGUUUGGUGUGGAGCUCGGUUCAACUCUGCUGCGUGACGUGUUUAACUUGGCGAGGAAGCACCGGCCCUGCAUCAUCCUACUGCACAACUUUGACGCGUUAUCGGCCACCUCCAAGUUCGCAGCGAGGUCCGAGAACCAGGCCAUGACCGAGAUCGACGGUCUGCCCUUCCGAGAGCCACCAGUGUUUAUCAUUGGAGAGACGAGCGAGCCUCAACGCACCUCAGCGGCGCUGUAUCGCAGGAUGAAGAACUGGGUCCACAUCGGGCUGCCUGACCUCAGCACACGGCGGACGAUCUUGAGAGAGGCCCUCGAACAACGUGACAUUUCCGUUGGCAACAGGCAACUGCUUGAGAUGACCUUCAAGACGGAGGGUUUCAGCGUCACAGACCUCAUCCAGAUCUGCGACGACGCGGUCAGGCUCAGCCUCCAGACCGUGCUGCACUCUAUAAGGGCGGAGAACACGGCCGAAAAAGUAGCCGCCAUCAAGCGUUUCGAUCCUUGUUGGUUGAACGACCAGUACCUGCAGGGCUGGGGCGGCUACUGCAACGGGCCGGAGCUGUGGAAUCGGGACGGCACGCGGCGCGACGGCCAGCUCUGUCCGCACCACCACCAACACAUCGGGCCGCCGUUCUCCCUCCCCACGCCAUACGCCUUCCUCCCAUCCUCGACUGACCCGAGCCUGUCCGCCGCCUUCUCCCACGAAGACGAUGAUGAUCUCUACUCCUGA